AUCACAUCAUCACCGGCCGGGGCUCGCUCAGUUUAAUUCUUUUUCCUUUGUGGCAUGGGUAACAACCCUUAUUGGAGAGGAGUAGCUACAUUCUCUUCCCAUCAUGGAUUCCCAUAAGGAGGAGGAGGAGGGUCAAAAUACCGUUUGGAAGGAGCGAGCGUUCACUUCGAUCAUUGGAGCUGGUGAACCUGAUGGAGGGAUAGGAUGUUGUGGAAUGAUCUUAACGUUUUUCUCAUGGAUUGUUCUUAUCUGUACUGUGCCCUUUUCACUCUUUGUCUGCAUAAAGGUUGUUCAAGAGUAUGAGAGAGCGGUUAUUUUUAGAUUGGGUCGGCUACUCGCUGGAGGUGCUAAAGGCCCAGGUAUUUUCUUGAUCCUGCCUUGCAUUGAGAGCUACACUAAGGUGGAUCUCAGAACUGUUUCAUUUGAUGUACCCCCUCAAGAGAUUCUCACCAAAGACAGCGUGACGGUGUCUGUGGACGCGGUCGUCUACUACCGAGUCCAGAACGCCACCAUCAGCAUCGCCAAUGUGGAGGACGCCAAUGCCUCGACCCGCCUCCUGGCCCAGACCACCCUGCGGAACGUGCUCGGAACCAAGAACCUAUCAGAGAUCCUCUCAGACCGGGAGGGUAUCAGCCAUUAUAUGCAGUCAAGUUUGGAUGAGGCGACAGAUCCUUGGGGUAUCAAAGUCGAACGUGUUGAAAUUAAAGAUGUUCGUCUACCUGUUCAGUUACAGAGAGCUAUGGCUGCAGAGGCUGAAGCUGCCAGGGAAGCAAGAGCAAAGGUAAUAGCAGCAGAGGGAGAACAGAAUGCCUCGCGAGCCCUGAAGGAAGCUGCUGAUACCAUCUCAGAAUCCCCUACCGCUCUCCAGCUUAGAUACCUUCAGACCCUCAACACCAUCUCAGCCGAGAAGAACUCAACAAUCAUCUUUCCUCUGCCAAUUGAUCUUCUAAAGAGCCUUCAGAGACGGAAAUAGGGGACACUUUGCAUCUUUCGGCCAAACUUUCAUUUCUGUCAUAGUGUCAUGAAGAAGUGGUAAUGCAUAGGAGACAUUGGAUUGCAUUGCUAGAUCUCAAGGCCCAGCAUUUUUUCUACGAUAGGAGACCCUCCCCCCCCUCCCCCUCCUCAAAAUGGCAAUGGUAUUUUAAUCCCAUUCUGUGUUUAACCAAUCAACCAGUGUAUUGUUCUACAUGAUGUAUAAAACUGAAGUAGAAUAGAACAUAAAGCUGGAAAUAAACAAGGAAUGCGAUGUGAAGAUGUUAUCUAAAGUUUUAGCAGAAUUUUCAACAAAAUAUUAUUUCACUUUUUAAUUAGAUUCUUGUGCAAAGUAGGUGCUUAAUAUUCGUGCAAUAGUGGUAUUUUUCUAGAUGCUAAAAUGUUCCUCUGACAGCUGAUAUUUAUUAAAGAAGUUAAACAUAUUUUGUUUGCCAAAGUUAUCCAGUUUUCAUUUUGAUAAAUACAAAACAUUUGUUUGAAAAUGGAUGAGAAAAAUUUCUAGGUAUGCGAAUAUAGUUCUUAAACUACUGGCAAAUGAAAUAAUUUUGCAUAGAAAUAUUAUUUAAGAAAUAUUUAAAACAAGAAAUUAGAUUAAAAGGUAGCGUGCUCCUGUACAUGGAAAUGUGCAAAUUCGAUGUUGGACAUGCAAAUGGAAAGAGCUCUUUUUGAGAAUAACAUGACCAAAAUUCUUUGAAUGUUUUUUGUUCAAAUUAACCCUUCAUGAUUAUUUUUUAACAUUGUAAUGUAUAAUAUUAUUAAGUUGUACUUGUAUUGUUUGUGAUGUUGUUAUUUUCUGCAUGAUAGCAAUGAUGAAUAUGUGAUUUUCACACUGUUAUUGUCAUUUUGAAUUAUUAUUGUGUCAAGAUAUUGUAGCAAACAAGAAAUUCCAGUGGAAUCAUUUAUCUUUAUUUAAACAUUUUUCUUUGUUUUAUUCCGAUCAAAGUACAUGCAUUUAAACUUUCAAGAAAGUAAACUUACUAUGAAUGUUUGAAGAUUCAUGAAGUAUGAAAAUGGUAACUAUAUACUAGAACCAAAUGGAGGUAUCCUACCAUUUUAGGGGGCAUUCAGCGUUUUGUAGAUUACUGUAGCCCAAUUAUUCGUAAACACCCUCCCUAACUCACAAAAUAAAUCAGUUAUACCCUUAGAUUUGGCUCUAUGAAUGACUGCUACCUGUGAUAAGUUUCAUAUAAACCGUUUAAAGUAUUAGAUCCUUGUCAGUUGAGAAAGGUAUUUGGAAUUUAUUGGAAGAAAACAGAUGUGGUUGAAUCUAAUGUUGUGUUGUAAAUAUCAGCAACUUGUAAAAAUACACAGAAAUCAUAUCUAUUUAUUACACAGCACUGUAUAUUGUGUCACAUUAACUGAGCAAAGCAUAUAGAUAAUUAAAACUUAACAUGCUUUGGUAGACAUAAGUAUCAUAUUGUUAAUGCAAGCAUCUGCCGAUGACAUGAUAAGACAGUAAUAGAAAAUCUUGAGAAGCAGUUUGUAGAUGUUUGUCUUUCAUGAAAGUUUAGAAAGUUCGUUUAUAUCAUUUCAAUUAAAAAAAUGCAGAGUUUGCAUUGCCCCUGUUUAAGUCAUAAUCCAAGUAUGAAAUAUUACAAUAUAUUGCAAGUAUGUGACAAUUUAGACAUAUAUAAAUUAUGUUGAAAUUUAAUUAGAACAAACAAACUAAUUUUUAAGUAUUCCCAUUUAAAUCAAUCACCUUUACAGUGAAGAUUAUGUAUGACGGCCUGCCUGUAUAUCUUUUUUAAGAAGAAAAAAUAUGGGUAGAAAAGAAAUCAUAUACAUGUGGUUUGAGUAAUGGUCAUAUAUUUUCUUAAUAAUUAUAUAUUUGCAUGUUUUUUAUCACUUUUUGUUGAUGUUGUUACUUAAAUCUGUUAGCAUCAUACCCAUUGUAAAACUGAUUAAAAAUUUCCAAUGUGUUCAUGUGUACUAAAGCCCAAUUAUUUGAUUUUGUCAUGCAUAUAACGAAUAUGACAACGGAAGUAUUAUGUAGAAAUUAUGUUUACUCUGAUAAUAUAUUCAAAAGUAGAAUAAAGUGUAUAUCAUGCACUUAAAAUUACAAAUUUUCUUACUUUUUGAAAUCAAGCUCAUCGUUUUUAUUUGACUCAUCAAAUUUUGAUGACUAUGUCAAUUAAACCAAGAACCUACUAAAUAUACUUUAGACUGUAUUUUUUACUUCACUAGGUAGCAUUCUUCUGUGUGUUACUAAAUUUAUAUCUUGUAAAAAAUAGCUGCUGAAAUCACAUUUUCUUUUCAUCUUGCUGUUUGAUUUUCCUAUUUUCCAAUCAUAUCGACCAAUAGGAUUUUAUAUCUUCCAGGAAUUUUUUAUCUGGAUUGUUCAGUUGACAACCUAGUAUGCAAUACAAAAAUAUUUAAUCACAAAAUAGUAGCAUCACAGCUGUUUGGCUGAGUGACUUCAAUUUUGUUUUAUAUAUAUGCAAGUAUUCUUUUUGGUGAGUAAAUGGAUAUUUAAAUGUGACAAAAUUAAAUCUCAUGCCGAUUCAAUUGACCUCAAAUUAGAGUUCAAUGCCACCGUCAAAAUGAGGCGUGUCAAAAUAGGAAUAUUUUAUAACCAACAUUAAAACAAAAAAGACAAUUAAAAAAAGAUAUUAUUUGGACUUUUUGAUUAUUAAAAAAACAGAAGAAAAAAGAUGGUAUAUAAACUUUUCAAAUGUCCUUCUAUUUGGAGGCUUUCCUAUAUAUUUACAGUUAGACCCUUUUUGCUUGUGUUUCAUUUUCAUAAGUUAUGGACAUAAAUGACAGUUAUUUCAUACAAUGUAUACCUGUUAAUAAAUAUUGAUACUCUUUCAUGUUA